AUGUCUGCCAGAUCUCCCAGGGGUUCGCUCUCCGGAGCCUCCUCUGCCGAAGUCGCGGAGGAUUUUGGGGACUCGCUGCGAGACCUCCAGAUCAACAAUAGAUAUGAGAUCAGUAACCUCACGGUCAUUGCAAAGGAGAACACCGAGCAUGCGCAAGCAAUCUCCAAGGUGCUCGAAGAGCACAUCGGCAUGACAUCACCUUCCAAGAAGCUUCCUGCUCUCUAUCUACUCGACAGCAUCGUUAAAAACGUGGGCACACCUUACACUGUGUAUCUCGGCCGAAACCUCUACAACACCUUUAUGCAAGCCUACACUCUGGUCGACAGCAACGUUCGGAAAAGCAUGGAAGGCAUGCUGAAGACGUGGAAAGAGCCAGUCCCCGGCUCCAUGGAUCCCCGACCCGUCUUCCCUCCCGAGACCGUGCGACCGAUCGAGAACGCCCUGAUCAAGGCGAAGACGGUGGCAAUGCAGUCACAUCGACCGAUAGCGCCAGAUUAUCGAAACACUCCCACACCUCCCAACUAUGCGAAUCGCUUCGCGCCGCCGCCUACUCAUACUCCGCCUCAGCCGUAUCAGAAUUUCCAGCCUGGGUUUCAGUCACUACCGAAUGCACCCACUCCUCAGAGUACAUACUAUCAGCAUACGCCCCAGCAACCUCCUCCAAAUAACGAGCUGGAUGCAGUGAAGCGGGAAGUAUCUGGACUCAUUGUCCAGCGUCAAGCUCAGUACGAUGCGAAUCGGCACGAUCAGAGAUUAGGAGGGGAGCUGAAAGCUCUACUGGAUCUCCAGCAGCUCCUCAAUGCCGGACAAUACAUCGAUCCAGCGUCGCUACAGCAGAUUCGAGAUCGUGUCUCCGGGCUGGCGAAUGGGCCCUCUGCACAGUUAAGACCCACGCCGCAACCUGGCACUCCUCAGUGGCAGCCUUCGCCGUCUUUCCCACAGGAGGCCUCUCAAUUUGUACGACCUGCAGCACCUUAUUCACAGCCACCCCCAGGACAGCAACCACCCGCAGCACUUCUCGCUCCCGGAGCCCUGGACGGCCUCCAAGCUCUACUAGCAAACGGCCAGAAACCCGGCACGCCUCAGAUCCGUGCAACGGCACCAGCCCUGCAAUCGGCCAGCCAUGCCCAACUCUCCAACGUGCAGAACCAAGCAGCAGCUGCGCCCCAAUUCAAUGGAGCCGACCUAAUCGCAUCCCUCACGCGAAACGGUCUACUACCAAAAUCCCAGCGACAACCACCACCCCACCCUCAACCCACACCCGUGCCAAACAGCAGUACCCUCCCCUUCCAACCCUCCGCCGACCUCCUGCGCUCCCUCUCCAGCAUCUUACCCCCAACCUCUCAAACCGGCACCCCAACCUUCCCCGCAAUCAACCUCCCCCCAACAACCAGCAAACCCCGCAUCCCCAUGACCGCCGCAGCCCUCAAACAAUUCCGCCCCGAGCUCGUCACGACCCUCUACGAAGCCCAACCCAACCAAUGCAGCACCUGCGGCCGCCGCUUCCUCUCCACAGACGAAGGCCGCACGAAGAAAGCCCGCCAUCUAGACUGGCACUUCCGCACGAACCAACGCAUCGCCGACCCAGCCAUAAGCCGCGGCGCGCACCGCGACUGGUAUCCCACCGAAAUCGACUGGGUCCGGCUCAAAGACUACGACCCCUCAACCACCACAGCAGAAGAAGCGAGCGCCCUCGCCGCCGCUUCCAACUCGCAAUUCUCCUCGCCUACAAAGGGCAAAGCGCACAAGCGGCCGGAGGAAAUGUACGUGCGCGCGCCCCCCGGCGUCACGCGGAACACGUGCAGCAUUUGCUUCGAGGAGAUGAAGAGCGCUUAUGCGGAGGAGUUGCAGGAGUGGGUGUUUUGGAAUGCGCGCCUGGCGCAGGGCAAGAUUGUGCAUGCUACUUGUCUUGCGGAGAUGGCGAAGAGUGGCGGCGCGGCGGGUUUGGGGGCGGGGCAGAGGCAGAGGAGUGCGACGCCGGAGUCGAGUUUGGGGAAGAGAAAGGCGGAUGGGGUGGGGUUGGGAGGUGGUGGGGGGUCGAAGUUGAGGAUGGAGUAG